GUUCCGACAGCUGGACGCCCGCCGAGAGGCAGCUCUUCAAGAAGGCUUUCGGCGCCCACCGGAAGGAUUUUCACCUCAUCCAGAGGAAGGUUCAGACGAAGAGCGUGGCGCAGUGCGUGGAGUAUUAUUACAUCUGGAAGAAAAAACUCAGGUUCGACCCCGGCCGAGCUCCCGUGGCAGACAAAAAACCCAGGAGAGACAAGAACGAGGAGGAAGAGGCCGAAGAAAAGGCUGCCGGCAGCCCGAGGAAGAGGCACCGCCUGCUGCCGAAGCCGAGGAGCUCGAGGAAGAUUUCCCCCGCCGCCGGUGGUCCCGGCGAGCCCCCCGACCCGUCCGGCGGCGCGGACGACCGGCCCACGUUUCCCUGCGGGGAGUGCGAGAGGGUGUUCGACAAGAUCAAAGGCCGCAACGCCCACAUGAAGCGCCACCGCCCGCCCGCUGAGCCCCUGCUGAGGAUCCCCUGGCCCUUGGGGCACCUCCAAGGCCCGGACCAAGGCCGGGCGCUGCCCUCGGCCGCCGGGCCCUGGGAGGCCGCGCUGUCGGAGUAG